GAAUUCACAUUUAACUUUUAUAUUUUUUUAAAUUAAAAUAAAUAAAUUUAAUUAACUCUUGAUUCAAUUUAUUCAAAACUUGAAAAAAUGGAAGUUUCCCCGGAUUUUCUCCUGCUUGGUUUUAAUUCUCCGGCAACUAGUUUUGACUUCGCUAACGACCGACGACAAAAAUUAUUAGUGACCGGCCAACAAAAUGGGGCCAUCCUAAUUUGGAGUUUAAAAACCAGACGAAUAAUGUUUGAAAAUCUGCAUGCACACCAAUCGCAACCCGUGUUGUUCGUUCGUGCGUUCGAGUUGACAGAAGAAUACAUGGGCCUCCUUUCUCAAAGUAGAGAUGGUCUUGUUAAGAAGUGGAUAGUCAACUAUUUCUAUGAAACUUGGACUGAAACAGCAACAGUCAGAUGUCAGUCAACCACAUUUUCCAGACUAUCAUUUAGUGAUGAACACUCACUACUCUUUGUGCCAAAUGAAGAGGAUUUAUCCAGUUUAGAUACAUAUUACAAAUUUACUAAAUUAAAUUUCAGCUUAAGUCCCUCAAAGUCAGACAAAAAGUAUGGAAUGCUUACUGAUUCUUGUUCAUCAACUACAGCAGUAAUAUCUACAGCAGCAUCUGAAUUCCAAAAAGUUAAUAUCAUUAAAGUGUUUGGUGCCUACGAAGAUGGAUCCAUCAUUAUUUGGUUUGUGAAUGCUGAUGCUUUAUGCAAACUCAACUCAUCUUCAUUUCUAGCAUCAUCUUCAUCAUCAUCAUCAUCAUAUUUAGAAAGAUCACCUGUGUUCAGAAACAUGGAAGAAAAAUUUCACAAUGAAACAAUAACCACCAUAGAUUACAAUGAAAUAACAAACAAAGGAAUCUCAGGCUCAGCAGAUGGCGUUUUAUGUCUAUGGACACCAGGUAAUAGUACAGAACAUAACAACAGUACCACAGCAAUAUCCCUAAUCAAGAAAACUGAAUUAGGAACGGGAAUAGGAUGUACAAGGUUAAGGCAAGAUGGUUUAAUUGUUGCAGUAGGAUUAUGGGAUUCCACUUUUAAAAUACUUGGGGCCAACACAUUAAAACAUCUAGGUACAAUUGUUUAUCAUGAUCAAAGCAUUACUUCUCUAUCUUUUAACGAAAAAGACAAAAGAUUGGCUGUGGGGUCCAAAGAUGAGAUGAUUAGUGUCUGGAGGUUUUAUGCAGACUAGUAAAUCACACACACACACACACACACACACACACACACAUAUAUAUAUAUAUAAAUAUACAAUGUAUGCCUUUACUUUUAUGCAUGAAAACAAUUAAAAAAUUUUGUCAUUAUUUCUGUUAGCACAAAUUGUUCAAUCUAGAAAAAAACGCACCAUCAAUAACUUCAAUAAAUAACAAAUGAGACAUUAAUGUAUAAAUAUGUUAACACAAAUCAAUAUUAAGUAUAUAGGUAUAUAUAUAUUAUUUUGCGUGUGUGUAUAUAUAUAUGUCCAUGGGUGUUACAGAUACAAGGCACAAUAAAUAAGUUAUACAAAGUU